CCCCCGCUUCCUCAGUCGCACCAUUCUCUUUGCACGCUACUCUGGCUACUUUCUCCUCUCCUCCACAUUCGGUGUCCUCGCCAUCGGAGCAGGCAUAUUCAUCCACGAUGCUUUCACCUACACCGACAAACACGUCGAUCGCGUUCCCAUCAAUCCACUGGCCCUUCACCCAGAUCGUGGCGGUCCAAAAAACUUGCCUGUCGUGCGCAUGCUUGUUGACGACGAGGAGGACGAAGAGGCAAAGAAACUCGCUCAGAAACCAAGGCUCGUCAUCGUUGGUGGUGGUUGGGGUGCUGUCGCAACUCUCCAAACUCUCGAUCCUGGUGAUUAUCACGUGACCGUAGUAGGAUCAGAGACCUUUACCACUUUUACUCCUCUCUUGCCUUCUGCUGCUGUCGGUACGGUCCAGGUACGCAGUCUUAUCGAGCCUCUCCGCAAAAUCGUUGCUCGUCUCCGCGGUCACUUCAUCUCCGGAAAAGCCAUCGACCUCGUCAUGUCGGAACGUCUCCUCGAGGUGGAAACCAUGUCUUCCACGGGCGACCCUCAACGCAUAUAUCUUCCGUACGACAAAUUGAUAAUCGCAUGUGGCUCUUCUUCCAGUACACAUGGUGUUCCAGGCCUUGAACACUGCUUCCAGUUGAAAACAAUUUCAGACGCGCAGGCAAUCAGGCGACGAGUUAUGGACAACUUCGAAACUGCCAGUCUUCCGACCACGACCCCAGAAGAACGAAAACGCCUCCUCAGCUUCGUUGUGUGUGGAGGUGGACCUACUGGUGUAGAGACCGCGGCCGAAAUCUACGACUUUUGCCAGGAGGACAUCAUGAACUAUUACCCCAAGAUCUGUAGAGAAGAAGUAUCGAUCCACGUGAUACAAUCGCGGGAACACAUCCUUAACACGUACUCUGAGGCGAUAUCGAAAUAUGCCGAGGACAAGUUUAGAAGAGAUCACGUCGACCUAAUCACCUCCGCUCGCGUAAGCGCCGUCUACCCGGACCAUGUUGUAUACUCCACCCGAUCGCCCGAUGGCACAAUCACCCAGCACACCAUCCCGACGAACUUUGUGCUAUGGUCGACGGGGAUCGCAAUGAAUCCGUUUACACGGCGCGUGUCGAGUCUGCUUCCGAACCAGGUGCAUAAAAGAGCGAUCGAGGUAGAUGCACAUUUGAGGGUGAAAGGCGCUCCGCUGGGCGACGUGUAUGCGAUCGGGGACUGUGCGACGAUUGAGACCUCGAUUGUCAGCCAUCUCCUGGAGCUUGUAGAUGAAGCUGACAAGGACAAGAAUGGAAAGAUUGACUUCGAUGAAUGGGAGAUUAUGGUUUCUCGGAUCAAGCAGCGAAUUCCUAUGGCUGGAGCUCAUUUGUCUAAAGUCCGCACGCUGUUCGAUCUUUACGAUUCGGAUGCGGACAACAGCCUCACGCUCAAUGAACUUGCAAUGUUACUUCAGGAAAUUGGAAACAAGAUUACCGCUUUGCCCGCCACUGCUCAAGUAGCUUCCCAGCAAGGCAAAUACCUCGGCAAGAAAUUCACCCAGCUCGCUCGCAAAGGGGAUGUCCUCGCGGCAAACGACGUUGGCGCGCUUGACGAAGUUGUCUCUCCCCCUUUCCGGUAUGCUCACCUCGGAUCGCUCGCCUACAUUGGAAAUGCGGCAGUGUUCGACCUGGGAGGAUUGUCAUUCAUGGGUGGAUUGGUCGCGAUGUAUGCGUGGAGGAGCGUGUAUUGGAGCGAGCAGGUGUCAGCAAGGACGAGGGCGUUGCUGAUGAUCGACUGGAUUAUUAGGGGCGUUUGGGGUCGUGACUUGUCAAAAUUGUAGAUCAAUACAUUAUAGAUAUGUUAUGAUCAGGUACAGCAAGCGCCUCGUACAGUCUGUAACUAGAAGUAACAGUCAUCUUUACCGUAUUUCAAGCUGAAUGCUAUUUAGUAGUGCAUAGUAAAACACAGUCGUUGCCGCUGAAUGGACUCUUUACUUGUACCACAUUCUAGUUUGUUUGGGCCAUGGAUACAUCCCUAGCCAACUGUCCUACCUCUACUACUAC